CUCUUUCUCCCUCCUCUCGCUUUCUAAGCGCUGUCUUAUCUCCUCCAGUCCCUCUAUCUCCCUUCCUGUGCCUUCAUUCGGGUCCCUCACCUCUGUGACAGGCCUGUCUGUAUAGGUCCUCCCUUCCCCUUUCUGCCUGUAGACCGUGGUAAGCAACAGGAUGCGUGUUUCAAUCCCGCCGGAGCUUGUCUCGAGCCUUGGUGCCUGCGAUAUCAGCGUAACGGUGCGCGGCGAAGGGAUCGAUAAGUAUCCAGCCAAACAACAUGCGCGCAAAGUCGCAAUGAAGCUGGGUGUGUCCAGCGGCCUUAUCUACCUGGUUGGGAAACCAACCAUCAAUUGGGGCGAUUCCGACCAACCACAACCCUUUCGACAGCGACGGUACUUCUACUAUCUUAGUGGAGCCGAUGAGCCGGACUGCUUUCUCACCUACGACAUCAACAAUGACUUACUGGUUCUCUAUGUUCCAGACUUUGACCUGCACCGCGCAAUAUGGAUGGGGCCCACGUUGACCACAGACGAGGCUGAACGGCGGUUUGACGUAGACAAAGUGCGCUACUAUGCUUCCCUACAGAGCGAUAUUCAGUCGUGGGUAGAGAAAUACAAUCAUGCCGCUCCAGUCUACAUCCUUCAUAGCUCUCAGCAGCCCCAAUUCAUUCUCCGGCAGCUGAACCUAGAUGAUCAGCGCUUGCUGCCCGCAAUGGAUGCGGCGCGGGUGGUUAAAGAUGAUUAUGAGCUUCGUAUGAUCCGCCACGCCAACAAGAUAUCCGGGUUGGCCCAUCGCAAAGUGCUCGAGAAAAUCCACAAGAUGUCCAAUGAAGCCCAGAUCGAAGGCCUUUUCCUCGACACCUGCGUGUCGCACGGAGCGAAGAACCAAGCAUACGAAAUCAUUGCUGGUUCGGGACCCAACGCAGCCACCCUCCACUAUGUGAAGAACAACGAGCCCCUCAAAGGACGACAGCUGGUCUGUCUGGACGCAGGUGCAGAGUGGGAGUGCUACGCAAGUGACGUGACCCGCACCUUUCCUUUGGCCGCCGAUUGGCCCAGUUCAUAUGCCCGCGACGUCUACCAAAUCGUAGAAGAGAUGCAGGAGGAGUGUAUCAAGCGCAUUAAGCCAGGUGUGCGGUUCCGCGACUUGCAGGUGCUUGCCCACGACAUAGCCAUUAAGGGCUUGCAGAAGCUAGGUGUCCUCAAACCGGGCACCGUGGAGGAGAUUCGCGUGUCGGGGGCGUCGGCCAUUUUCUUUCCUCACGGAUUGGGCCAUCACGUUGGACUGGAAGUCCACGACGUGUCCGAGAAGCCAAUCACGGGCAUGGGGCUGCCUAACAGACCUUGCAGACCUGACUUCAUCCCAGCCAUGAGCCAGUCAGUCCCCUUGCUCGAGGAGGGCAUGGUGGUCACCAUCGAGCCAGGCGUCUACUUUUCCAAGCUGGCUCUGGCAAAUACCCGGAAACUGCCUCAGGCGCAGUACAUCAACUUCGAGGAGGCCGAGAAAUACAUUCCCAUUGGUGGCGUGCGGAUAGAAGACGACAUCCUGGUCACUCGGACAGGGUAUGAGAAUCUGACAACGGCGCCAAAGGGCGAGGAAAUGCUGGAGAUCAUCCGGCGCGGGAUCGACAAUUAGCCGAGCCGUCAUGUCAACGAUUCGAUUUUGCCUUGGCGGUGACAAAGAGCGACUCUCGUUUCACAAUUUCUCCAUUUCCCGUCAGUGUAUGACGAUGAUGUAGCCAGUCUAGACCCUCUUCGCAUUUCUGCUUGUGUGGAGCGUUGCUGUACCACCUUCAAUUACCGAGUCACACCAAAAUGGCAUGAUUGGUUGCUGAACAGGAAUGCUCUCCAUCUUGUUCAUUCCCCUCAGCAGUCUCGAUUCCGUCAGAGGCGUUUUCCCUCACCCUCCAUACCUACGUAGUGUGUAUCCCAUCCUCAUCUCCAUUCUCCUUGGAUAACCGGGAAAAGUAUCUACCACACCAGUAGUACUCAUUAGGCCAAAAGCAAAAGCAAAAAUCCCAUCAUCACUUACCUAGAUACCUACUACCACCCAUUGUCAUACCUCAUAUCCUCAACCAAGGAACCAACGCAACCCCGAAACACAACACGA